UGCAGCGCGUCGGGACAGGGCCCUUGCAGCUCCAGGGAAUUGAACUUGUCAAAUGAAUGUCUAGAGUGAUAUGUAUGAAGCAAAGGGAAGAAGCAUUCUUGCUGACUAUCAGACAUUUUGCAAACAGGAUGCAGGUCCUACAUUCCCAGAAGUGGAAACCAUCAAGGAACAUGCUGCCUAAUGGCUUUGGUAUCUCAGUCCCAUGUUUUCAUCUAGUGGCAGGAUUGACAGAAAUCCCCUUGCUACAUUCCCAUUGUGAGCAGUGCCACCCUGUGGGAUAGAAGCACACCCCAUGCAAAGAUGGAGUCUCACUCUGUCAGCAGUCUGGAGUACAGUGGCGUGAUCUCGGCUUACUGCAACAUCUGCCUCCCAGGUUCAAGCGAUUAUCCUGCUUCAGCCUCCUGAGUAGCUGGGAUUACAGCACAUCCCUCGUUAUGAAAGAACUGCAGUGCCCUGCUCCAGAUUCAUUAAUCACAUGAAGAAUUUCUCUGAAUCUCUUCAAUUUCGUAGUCUACAGUUUCUAAAUUCUCCUGAUAAAUUAAGACGUAAUCCCAAGAAAGACCAUAGCUUCCAGAGAAACUCUGGAGCAUAUACAGUAUUUUCAGAAAGGACUCAGAGUUCAGUGGAGUGGAAAAGACUACUUUCUACUUGCCAGUACAUAGUCCCCAGAUCUUCUGUAAGCGCAGUUUCUCUUGAUGAAGAAAGCUAUGAAGAACUCUGUUCCUCUUCAGCACCAUCCAGUGAAACUGAUGAGGCCCCACUGAUUUUCACUGCCAGAGGAGAAACUGAGGGGAGAGCCAGAGGAACACCCAAGCAAGCUUGGAACUGUUCAUUUUUGGAAGAACCAGUAAAAAAGCCUAACUGGGUGUACUCAGUAAAUCCUGCUCACCUGGAGGCUGGGGGCAUACAAAUGCAUAGACACACAAGACCUAAGGGCCAGACCUUGAGCCAUCUCAAGAAAAAUUCUAGUUCCGCCGCCAGACCUGCCACUGCUAUCGGCCUCUGCAGGACGAGUCAGACCCCGGACGCCCAGCAGAGCGCCGGCCCGAGUAACGCAGAGCUCAAGCCAGAGGAGAGGAUGGCAGCCCCAGCAGGCGCCCGGGCACACCCCGACUUCCAAAGAGAACUCCUGGGCGCGUCCGGAAAUCCGGUCGGAAGAGGCGCGGUUGCCAUGGCGCCAGAGAUGCUUCCUAAGCAUCCUCAUUCCCCGCGGGACAGGAGGCCUCGGGAGGAUACCACCCUUCAUGGCAAUCUGGCAGGAGCGCGCCUUCCACUGCUGGCCAGUGCUUCCACCCAUUUCCCCUCCAAGAGGUUAAUAAAGGUUUGCUCCACAGCACCCCCCCUCCCAACCCGGCGUUUCCAUACGGUUUGUUCACAGGCCCUUUCUAGGCCGGUGGUGAAUGCUCACUUACAUUGACCGCUGCGAGGGAAUUGUUCGGCGAGUGCUGCCCAUCUUCAAAUCAAUGCCGGCUCAGAACAACAGAAAGGGCCUCAGAUGUACUGGUUUCCACAGAACCAUUGUUAGGCUUUUGUGAAGCAUUUUUGAACCUAAUAAAUAAUGUCAAAAGUC